UGAGCGUUUACCUUGCCAACACAAGCAACAAAACCGAAAUAAGAAACAACAUUCUCGAUAAGAACAGGCAAAACAGAACGCCAGAAAAACAGUUGCACCCCACUGUUCGGUUCGAGAACAACACCAGGCGCCACCAGAGCACAGAGAACUUCCGAACGAUCCGAAAGCAGAGUCAAGUGAAGUCCCCCAUCAGAAUGCCCGAUAACAGCAACAAGUUCUGCACCACCCAUAAUGUUCGCAUACCGGAGUGGGUCAACGAGGCCUACUUCAAGAAGCUGCUGAAGCGGGAGCUGAAAGAGUUCCGACGCAUCUUGAAUCUCUCAAUUAUACCGGCCACGCCUCCGGGCGAGACCUAUACAUCGCUGCUGAUGCGCAUUAUCGUCGACAUUGAAAUGAAAGACGGUUUCUCUCAGCAGAAAUCCUACGUGCUGAAGACCAUGCUGGACGAUGCCCAAGGCAAUGGGUUUGUCAACACCCUGAAUAUCUUUCCCAAGGAGAAGCAAAUGUACGAUCUGAUUAUACCACAAUUGGAGAAGCUCUACGAGCAGUCGGGCCUGGAGGUACAGUUUGCCCCCAAAUGCCACUGGUCGGAGAAUGUCAAUGGACGCAUCUGUCUCGUCCAGGAGGAUCUCAAAACGAAGAAGUUUCGUAAUAUCAAUCGUCUCAAGGGCUUCGAUAUGCCGCACAUGAGAAGGGUGCUCGAGAAACUAGCGGAAUUCCAUGCGGCCAGCGCUGUGUGGAGACAGCGGAACGGCCCCUUUCCGGAGGAUUUUCAACGUACUUACCUGCCCGCCAACUACAACAAAUCCAAGUCAUAUCAUGCCCGUGUCCAGAGCUACAAGGCGGCCAUGGCCAAAUGGGGUCUGCCAGAACAUGAACAGUACGUGAGUCGCAUUCCGACAGCCGAUCAAUUUGUGCAAUCUGUGGCCCGCUGCUUUAACACCAAUCCCCAGGAGUUUAAAGUGCUAAAUCAUGGGGACUUUUGGUCUAGUAAUAUAAUGCUAAGCUAUACCCAAUCCGGGGAGAUCAAUCAACUGCGUUUUGUGGACUUUCAACUGUGCAAGUGGGGCAGUCCCUCGCAGGAUCUGUGGGAGUUGAUCAUCUGCUCGGCCCAUCAUAGCAUACGGAUCAAGCACUUUGAUUGCUUCGUUAGGAUCUAUCACACUCAUCUGGUGCGCUGCCUAAAGAUCCUGAACUACACCGAACGAAUGCCUCUGUUAAGGGAGCUCCACAUGAGCAUGAUCAAGUAUGGUUUUUGGGGGUACUUUACGACCUUCACUCAUCUGGUGUUUAUCCUUCUGCCCGUUGACACGGAGGCGAGUCUCCAGUUACUCAUGCAGGCGGACGAGGAGGGAGAUCGCUUCCGCUCCAAGGUCUACACGAAUCCCCUGUACGUCCGCUCUGCUCUAAGCAUAUUACCGUUCCUCUAUAGGCGUGGCAUUUUAGACUUUUGAAUGCGAUUCUACUUAAAUGUAUAUAUUUAUGUACAUAUGUAUAUGUAUGUUUGUAAUUCUGCUGUAUUUUGUGAGUGACUUUGACUAUCUUAAAGAUUUAUCUUUUGUUUA